AUGGAUAAAUACGUUUAAGUUAAAAAACCUUAACUCCCAUAGUCAUGCUUAGAUGACAUCAGGAUAACUAAAAAAACUCCAGUGAAAAACUAUGUAAAGUUUAUCUUGAAGAAGUUUAAUGAAGAAGGGGAAACUUCAGUGAGAAUUAGAGCAAUGGGAGAUGCAACUAAUAAAAUGGCUUCAAUAAUUUAGAUAGUAAGAAGCAAGAAGAAGUACUUAUAUACUCUAAUGAACAUUGACUCAGCAAUAUUAGAAGAUAUUUUUGAACCAUUAGAAGAAGGUCUUGAUACUUUGGUGUUUCAAAGACGUGUAGCUUAGUUGACAGUAACAUUGAGUAAAACAAAACCUGAAGAUGUAGAGAUUCCAGGGCUCCUUGAUGAACCUGAGCCUUACGUUGAGUCAUCCUCCCUUGUUGAAUAAAGUGAGGCAGAAAAUAAUGAAGAAGAAAAUCAAGAAGGAUUCAGAGGCCGAGGAGGAUUUAGAGGCAGAGGAGGUUUUCGUGGAUUCAGAGGAGGUUUUAGAGGAGGCUUUAGAGGUGGCUUUAGAGGAGGUUUCAGAGGAGGCAGAAAUGGAAGAAAUUAUAGACAUGUAAGAGGCGGUUAUAGAGGUGGAUAAGUAUAGGAAGAACCAUAGAGAGGUGGAGUCCACCCAUAAAGAAGAAAUAGACCUGGACCUAGAGAAUAAAGAGCUAGAUAGGAACAAAGAUAGCAAGACAUUAGAAACCAGGAAGAAUGGGAUAACUAAGAGUGA